AUGCCGGAUAAGAUCAGCAGAACUAAGGUUGUGGCACCUCGUCAUCCUAAAUUGGUCCAUUGUGAUCAGAAGAAAUUGAAGUUAACUCCAUCUGCCUUUAUGAAGGACAUGAACCUGACAACAGAACAGAAGCUUGCCAGUACUCAUGAAAUGUGUCCUCCGCAGAUUAUUGAGAUGAUGGACAUGAGUGAAAAUAGCUAUUCAAAGCUGUCAACAGUGGAUGUAGACCAGGCCAUAUUCCAGCCAUUCCCUUCUGAGAUCUGUUUUCAGAAUUAUACACCAUGCGAGACAUAUGAGUUUCCUUUGAUCUUGAGGAACAUUGACAAGGUUCCAAGGCUGGUGAAAAUCGUUGAAGAUGAUUCCCCAUAUUUUAGAGUUAUUAGUCCUCCAGAUGUGCACAACAAGGUGGCCCCUGGAAUGUCAUCAACUUUCCAUAUUUUAUUCAAACCAGAUGAAAAUAAGGACUACUCCCAUCUACUGGUGUUCAUGACUGAACGAGAAAAGUUUGUGGUUCCUAUAAAAGCCAUUGGGGCUCGUGCUAUUUUGGAUUUCCCAGACCAUCUUAACUUUUCCGACUGCCCUGUGAAGUAUUUAUCUCAGAAGACCCUACUGGUGCGCAACAUUGGGAACCGUGAGGCGAGGUUCACCUUAAAUACAUGCAGCCCUUUCUCUGUCAGCCCAAAAAUGAGUAAUUUAGGAAUCGGAGAGAGUAUGCAGGUGGCGGUGGAUUUCUUUCCUGAGGUGAAUGGGGAUCACAGUGGAGAGCUGGUUUUACACUAUGAUACAGGUGAAGACAUAUAUAUUAGCCUGUAUGGGGCAGCAUCAGAUUUGAAUGUUCGACUAAGCAAAAACACUGUCAUAAUUGAGAAGACCUAUCUGUCCAUGAUAAGUCAGCGCUCUGUCACCAUUAGUAAUAGGAGUGAUGUAAUAGUUCAUUACCAAUGGAUGGCUUUUGCCACACCACAAGAUGAAGAGCAACUGAAGUGCAGAUCCUCAUUAGAUCUGCAACAGCAGGAAGAGAUUGAGAUGGAGCUCUUUUUAGAAGAAUGCAAUGCAGAUCCCUCAAUAAGAGAAAAAAUCUCCAUCCUGCAUCGAAGUUUCCAGCAUCGUCUAAGAAUGCUACAGGAUGAGAAAAUUGCCUUUGUGGAUGAUGUUUUCUCCCUUCAACCUGCAGAAGGUGAAAUCUGGCCAAACUCUACCGUGGAAGUUAAUAUUUUUUUCAAACCUAAAGAAGAAAAAGUUUACCAGCAAAAUAUCUAUUGUGAUAUUACAGGUCGAGAAUCUCGUCUGCUACUCAGAAUUAAAGGGGAGGGCAUUGGACCAAAGCUCACUUUCAGUUUUGAUGAGGUGGACGUGGGACAUAUGUUUAUUGGAUCCAAGCACACUUAUGAGGUUCUCCUGACAAACAAAGGGUUUAUUAGUGCUGUCUUCUGUCUUGUACCUCCUGACUCCGCUGUGGGCGCCUGCUUCUCUUUCAACCCAAGUAAAGGCAUUAUACAUCCUGGUGGCUUUCAAGCAAUCCAAGUGGAACUGUGUUCCAAAAUCUUAGGAGUCUUCAAAGAAGAUUUCUACUUUUCUGUAGAUGGCAGUUCACAGAACAUUUAUGUUACUUUCAGAGGAUGCAUUGUGGGCCCCACAUUUCAUUUUAAUGUGCCUUCUUUGAACUUUGGAGAUGUCUCUUUUGGUUUUCCACAGAAAUUGUCUUGCCAACUAAAUAAUACAGCUUUGAUACCAAUCAGCUUUAAUCUUCGUAUCUCUGGAGAUGGCAGUGGAGAUGAAAGUGUGACAAGUUUUACGCAGGUUUCAGAUUUAAGCAGAACCCAUUGGAAAAGUAACAAGAAAAUAAUGCAACCUAGAGAAUUUACUGUUAGUCCAAGUAGAGGAGUCAUUCGAGCAAUAAGCGAGAUGGAUAUCGAGAUCACACUUUGCUCUAACACGGUCAAGCAAUAUGAAGUUGCCUUGGUAGUGGAUGUAGACGGGGUUGGGGAAGAAAUACUUGCUCUUCCAAUUUUUGCAAGGUGUGUUGUUCCACCUGUACGCCUGAUGAGUCCGUUUUUGGAGUUCAAGAAAUGCUUCAUCAAUUUCUCUUACCACAAUAACAUUAAGGUGGUUAAUGAGGGAUGCUUGCCUGCAUGUUGUGGCCUGAUCACUCAGGAAAAUGAUGAGAGUUCCAAAGUUGAGUAUACAAGUCCAAAUCCACGAGCUGUUGUAAAUCCCUGCUGUGUGCUGGAAAUUCCACUGGUUCUACAGGUUAAAGCAGUUGGAAAACACAGCAUUAUGGCAUAUGUUGCUGUUUUUGGAAGUCGGGAAAGAUUUGCAGUUCAUAUAUCUUGUAUUGGAAAAGGACCAGUCGUGCAUGUGAGUACAAUGGAGGUGGAUUUUGGGUAUGUUCCAGUGUUAACCAAUAUAUCCAGGACUCUAAAGCUUUCAAACCAAUCACCAAUUCCUGCCUUUUAUGUGGCAGAAAUGGACAAUGUGAAAUCACUUUGGCAGCUGGAACCUUGUGAGGGUAUCAUCCCAUCAGAAGGGGAAACGGAGAUCAAUCUUGUGGCCAACCUAGAUGAUACCGUAUGGUUUCAGGACAAAAUUCAUCUUACUAUUGAAAGUAGCCAAUCGCACAUUAUCCCUGUUUCAGCAAAAGGAAUGGGAACCACCAUAGUAGCUGACAGACCCUUAGCUCCAGCUAUACAUUUGGGAACAUAUUUCAGCUCUGGAAUUUGUCAGUAUCCCUUUAAGCUGACCAACAUGGGCCGACGAUGUCAUGAACUUUUUUGGAUGACAGAAGGCUUUUCCCCUUUCCGUAGGCAAAUUCCUACAUUUCAUAGGAGUGCAAAAGGCUUAUCACGUCUGAAUUCAAAGAAUCUAAAAGAUUCGCCUAAUCCAGUUUUUAAGUUAUACCCAAUGACAGCAGAGCUUUUUCCAGGACAAUCAAUAGAUGUGGUACUGAAGGGCACAUCUAAUGUUCCAAAGGAAGUAAAGGAGCGAUUGAUAUGCAAAGCCGUCCUUGGUAAGCAGACGAAGAAGGAACGCAUUAUGACAGUGGAUGUCAGCUGCCAGUUUAUUGCACCUGUGCUGGAAGUUUCUGAAAAACAUCUGAGCUUUUUUGUGGAAAAGCAACCAGGAAAGGAGCUUGAAGCACAGCUCAGACCACUUGUACUUAAAAAUGUGUCUGUGCUGGAGCUCAGUAUGAUACUUACAGUGACAGAGCCUUAUUCCAUUUGCUGCACUGAAGAAGACAAUGUUGUGCUGUCACUGUCAAAGACGGUGACCCUAGAAGUUGAUCAGGAGCUCCAUCUUUUAAUUCAGUUUGAUCCAACUUUCUUCAAGGAUAAAUACAGUUGGGAAACAGAUGAAUCUCUUACAAUUAUGUAUGCUGAUCACCCUCAAAAAGACUAUGUAUCAAUACAUGGGGAGGUACAUUUUCCAAACCUUCACUUUUCAAGCUUGGAGGUCGAUUUUGGUUGCAUUCUCAAUGGCACAGAGAGCUCCAAGUCAAUUGAGAUGACUAAUUGCAGUCCUCUACCUGUCAGAUUCUGUUGGAGUGUGCUGCAGGAUGAUAUAAAAAAGGAGAGGCUUACGGAAUCUCCUGAAGUAACAGUAAUUGAUUCAGAAGACUUGCUAAGUGAAGUAGGAAAAGUAAGUUCCUCAGGUGAAACAAAAGAAGGGAGAAUAUCUUCUAAAGAUCUACCACAUCAUCUUCACACCUUCAACCUACUUAAAGAGAAAGUCCUCUAUGGUAGUGAGAACAGAUUAUGUUUUUCUACGAGCCAGGAUUUUCUUCGUGUCCCUUUCAACUCCCAAGAAGAAUAUUCCGAAGAUACUGAAAAGCAGGUGUUUGAUGUGUUUCCUGUUUAUGGAUCUUUAGAUCCUAAUGAAGUUCAGAUUGUCACUUUCACAUUUUAUGGCUAUAGUGAUACCAAGAAACAAGUGUGUAUACUUUGUGAAGUAGAUGAGGGACCCACUUAUGAACUCACUCUAAAGGGUGAAGCUUCAAUAGUGCAAUACACCAUUGACAGGAAAGAAAUAGACUAUGGGUUGCAGGAGUUUGACUGUGUGGCUCAUGCUGAAAUCACAUUAAAAAAUACAGGAAAGGUUAAUUUUGAAUUCAAUGUAUUGAACGGCCAACAGUGUGCAUUUCCUGAAAACCUUCAACCUGGAAUACCACUUGUUCUUCCGCAGUCUGGUUAUAUUGAAGCAUACGCAGAGCAGAGGUUGUCUGUGCAUUACUUUCCUGGCAUUCCUGAGACCUUCCAAAAGAGCUUUGAUAUACAAGUGUCUUAUUUUAAACCAGAUACUGUUUUAGUGAAAGGAGAGGGAAUUUUUCCAAGAAUCUUCCUUGAUCUUCCACGAAACCUUAUGGAUGAUGAGAGAUAUAGUUCUCUGGUAAAAAAAGCUAGAAAAGCCUUUCAUAUGAAGAAAGAUAAUUGCUCUGAAAUUGAAGAACAGUCCCUGGACGAAUACAUUCUUUCAACUGAUUGCCUCAUUCAAAUGGAAGUGGAACGUCUGCUAAUUAAGGAGCAUGCUUUGGAACAGGAGAGACAUUACUCAUCCCACAACAAAGAUGUUAGUGAUACUGGUCCAAAAUGGAGAAGGAGGUUGGUUAGAUGCAAAUUACCAGAAUAUUACCUGGACUUUGGAUAUGUUACAUAUGGCAACGUGUGUAAACAAAAGAUUAAAGUGAUCAACACAGGCAUACUUCCAGCUUCAUUUCAAAUUGACAAGCAGAUUCUGGCUAGCACAGGGUUGAGUACAGAACUAUACCGAGUGAAAAGUUUGCCAUUUUGUGAGACAGAAACAUUUGAACUGAGAUUUGAUCCAGCAAGCGUAGCCCUACAUCUAGGUGAUAUUGAUAUUCUAGUUCCAAUUCAGGUGUUUAGUGGCCCAAUAGUCCAGAUCCAUGUGCAUGCUAUUGUAAUUAUUCCCUCGCUCACACUCUCCACUGCUAUACUUGAGUUUGAUUCCAUUUUGUGUGGGCAGUGCCAAGUGAAAAACUUUCAAAUCUACAACCAUGUGCAAGUUGUAUGUGAAUGGGUUUUAACAGAAGAGGAAAAGCCAAAGCUGAUUGAUAAGCAUAUGCCUCUUCACCUGAGACGCAAAGCUAAAAUUAAAACCAAGCCCUCUCAACAAGUGUUUGAACUGCUUCCCUCUUCUGGAAUUCUGCUUCCAGGAGAGCGUGUCAACGUGCAAGUUAAAUUCAGCCCAACCAAAGAGAAAUUGUACACAGAAUCAAUCUUCCUGCGUAUCUCUCAGAGCAAAGAGCGAAAGAAACUUAUAGUCCAGGGGAAAGGAUUAGAACUGCAUCUAGAUUUCUGCCCAUCAGUGCUGGAAUUUGUGCCAAUUCUUCCAUACAGUAAUGGAGAUAAAAUAGUAGUUACAGUAAAAAAUCCAUGUGCUUACCCCAUUGAAUUCUACUCACUGGAAUUUGACAAGCAGUACCAUGAAGAAGAAAAGAUACUACGAAUGUUAAAGGGGUAUGAUUCAGACAACAUCCUUCUCUUGCCUCCCCGAAACCCUGGAGAAAAACUUCCUCCUGAGAUAUUAGAGUACUAUGAAGACUGGAAAAAAGGCCUUGAAGAACAAGGAAUACAGGAAGAAGAAUCUAAAAUUGAGGAACAAGAAGAAUGUGUUACUUCAGAGACUGAGAACAGGGAAGAGGUUUACUCUGCUCUCAGUUUCCAAGAAAGUGUAAUCUCACUGCCUGUGUGCCAACUGACAGAUGAAGCAGAAGAAGAAUCGAGGCUUAGUGAAAUUACAAAGGUACAAAUGAGUGAACUUAGCAGCAGCAGCAGGGUAGGAGAAAUUGAUGCAGCCCCAGUGGCAAAGGCCAUCGCCAGACACCUAGGUAUUGACGUUUCUCCUGAAGCCAAUGCAGCUAAAAACAGGAGAGGCAUUGCCAUCAUUGUGCAUGGAGCUCCAGUGUCAGGAAAAACCAACACAGCUUUGACUCUUGCCAAACACUAUGGCACACCAUGCUUAAAUAUCGAUAGUAUUAUUUUGGAGGCAUUGGAGAGUGGAAGCACUGCCACAGGGCUUCAAGCACGAGAGCUGUGUGUGAAGGCAGCAGUAGAGCUGGCACAGAAGAAAGCUGAAGAAGCAGUAGUGGACCUUUCACUCAGUCAUACUCAAAGCCCAGGUGUGCUCAGUGGUGAAGCAGUCACUAAGCACUUCUCAGAGGUUAACCAGGUUCCAGAAGUCAAGUCAAGUCCUCACUCUGCAGCUUCUGUUCGGAACAAGCCAGGUAGUGCCGGAGCUAAAGGUCGAGCUGAGAGUGCCGCAUUUCAAAAACAACACUCAUCAGAGCACCCUGCCUCAGUGCAGCUAAAUGAUUGCAGUCGUGGAGUGGUAUUUGAUAGUCUAGAGACUCUUUACUGCCGGUCUCUUGCACAUGCUCUCUGUGUUGUCCUGAAAGCUAUUAACAACCGCCAGUAUAUCUUCAUGAUCGAUCUCAAGCACGAUUAUGUUUCCUUGAAAGCUAGAGAAAAGGCAAAGAAAGAUGCUGAAGAGCAAUUUCUAAUAAAUAUCAUUACGGCUGAAAAGAUCUGGAUAGCAGAAAUGGAUGAAGAUGAGUAUGAUGCACUUACUGAGGAAGAGAGAUCCAGAAUUGACCACAAACGCCUUGAGAAUCUACGAAAGCGCAGGGAACAGGAAAAACUAGUGAAAGAGUUAAAGGUGAAAAAAUUACCAGAAAAAGCAGAGAAACAAAAAAUAGAUGCAAAACUGAAAAAGAAGGGCAAGAAGGGCAAGAAGGAUGACAUUGCAUCUGGGAAGAAACCUCUAACUACAGUGAAAAUGGUAUCUACUGUUAGUGCUCGUUCAGAGGCCAAAGGAGAGCAUCCUGGUGGAGAAAAAAAGUACUCUGUUCCUGAUUCUGUGGUGGCAGAUCAUAGAGAAGGAGAAGACGGAGGCAAGAAAAGAAGGGGCAAGGAAAGCAAAACAGAACUACAUGAUAUAACCACAAGUGGUACAGAAUCCACAGAGGAUUCUGAAAAGGGGCAAUUAUCUGAUAGUGAAAAGCAACUUAUACAACGGUUCAAAUUGUAUGAGCAAAACCAAAAAAACAUUGCAGAGAUCCUUGAAUGCUGGGAUCGUUCUCAGGGUAUUACAGUGUGUCUGGCUGUACAAGAUGAUAAUGUUCAAGAGGUGGAAGAGACUGCCACUGUGGAACAACGUCCUUCCACAGCUGGAAAGAAAGGUGGUAGUACUGUUAUUGAUGGAGAAGGAGGAGAUGCAAUUGUGAAGGAUAAUGUCUGUGAAGGAAAAAUUGAUCUAGGAGUACCAUACCUUGAAUUGCAUGUAACUGGCCAAUGUGAUCCCAGCGGGGAGAAAAUCUUGGAAAGAAAAUGGCUACCACACCUUCAUGAGGUUUUAGAUGGCAUGGGUCUGGGUCCCAGUGGCCCACCUCUUCCACCUCCAUUUAUCCUAUCUGUGGUACGUUACCCAGUGAAACGGACUUCCUUGGGUAACCAGAAUGCACUGGAGCAUUUUGCUUUCUUAGCGCCAUCAACAGAGGAGAUAAUUGAGGAGAAAAAACUGAUAGAAUCAGAGACAGAAACAUUGGCCUCUUCUUUAAAGGGCAAACCAAAGAAAGAGAAAUCAGAUGCAGGAAAGGACACCCAGAAGGACAAAGACAAACGGCGGUCUCCAAGUAACAAGAAGACUGCUCGUCGAACUGAAUCCUGCUCACCUAUAUUGGACGCACAGCCUGUUGAAGAGCCUGAACCAGUGCCCCAGUCAACAGAAAUUGCACCUGAAAAAGUCAACAAACUAACUACAUUUCGUUGGAUUAUUCCUGCAUAUGGAGAGGUCUCCCUGAUAAUUCAUUUCACGUCUGAUGUACUAGGCUGUUUUGAACAGAUGUUGAACUUUGAGAUAAUGGGAAUGAGUAAGCUAUAUCAGCUUUCCUGCAAGGGUAUAUGUGCAUUCCCUGCAGUUUGCAAAGAUCCAACGAUGGUGUUUGCUAACCAUAAAAAGAAACCCAUGCCAAAUGAAAUUAUCCACAAGAAGUUUAUUACAGCAACUGAUGUGUACCAGUUUGGUCCACUGCUUUGUGGAAAAAACAGGGAGAGGUUCAAAGAAGGACGAUAUCCAGAAAAUAUGGAGAAAAUUUUAGCCCACAACAGUUCGGCACUGAAUGUUGACAUCCACUUCAGCUUUCUACAUGACACAAAGGCUACUACAUUUCUUAUGGAUCCUCCCAUGUUGAGCCUCAAACCUAAUGAAUCACAGAUGCUGACCAUAUGGGCAUACCCCACUUCACCAGGGCUGUUUGAAGAUGCCGUAGUCUUCUGUAUCAAAGAAAAUCCAGAACCACUGCUUUUCAAAAUAUCUUGCCUUGGUAUAAGGCCAGAACUGGAACUUGACAGGAAGCAACUUCAUUUUGAUAAAAUUCUUCUUCACAGACGGGAAACGAAGACGUUGUAUUUGCGAAAUCACACCUUACUUCCUGUAGCUUGGAAACUUAUUGGACUGGAAAACCUAGGAGAUGAAUUUUCAGUGUCCCAGGAUCAUGGUGUGAUUUUACCGAAGUCAGAGUAUGCCCUGCAAAUGUAUUUUAGGGCACAAAAACAGAUCAAUCUAAAGAAAGUCAUCCGACUCGAGGUGUCAGAUGCGGAAUAUAUCCUAGGCAUUGUAUAUACAGAGAACAUCCAAAUCUUUGCUGAGGCUUAUGAUGUAACUCUAGAUGUGAGCUUUCCUAAAGAUGGUGGGCUUGACUUUGGAGUUAUUAAAGUUAUGGAAGAAGCCAAACAAGUCAUCAGUUUGAAAAACAAAGGCAAAUACGAAAUCGCCUUCUGCUUUUUACUAGAUGCCACUGAGCCAGAAAUGCCAGAGCUGAAAUCUCUGUUCACCAUUCAGCCUCUGAAAGGGACACUGAACCCAAAUGAGAAGGCACUUCAAGUGCAUAUAACCUUCCAGUCUACCAAGGAAGUGUGCAUCAAAAAUAAAGCUGUCUUACAUUGUCAGGUAAUUGAACCAAAUGUGUGUAUUGGUGGAGAGACCAUUUUCAGCAUCCCAGUGAAGCUCUCCAUCCAGUCUGUCUUUAGUAAAUAUAUCUGUGUGCCAACCAACGAACUAAACUUUGGAGCUAUAAUGUAUGGCAGCCGUAGAACCCGCACUUUCAGCAUUGAGAACAAGGGUGAACUUGAAAUCAGAUUCAUGCUAUCUAUGAUGUCUGGAGAGCCAACAUUGCAGCCACUAAGAAGAAGCACUCCUAUGAGCAAACGUGGUCGCUCUCAUGAAGGUUCUGUUUCUGGCAGAUCAGUGUCUUUAAAAGCCAGACGUAGUGAUUCUGUACUGCAGAAGGAAAUGGGUUCUGCACUGGCACGAUUAACUGUAGGGGAAUUUACAAUAUCGCCUGGAUAUGGGAUCAUCCCUAUUGGAGCUCAGCAAGCCAUAACUGUGGACUGUGUGGUAGAACAAGUUGGAAAACGUCAGGAGACUUUGUCAAUUGAUAUAUCUGAUCGAGACCCUGAGGACCACCCUGCUGGGAUACCCUAUCAUCUUGUUGUUGAAGGCUGUGUACCUGGAAUUACAGUAAAUGACAUACCAUCCAUUUUUGAAGAACAUAGAAUCUGUAAGAACGUCAACCUGUACCAGUGCUUGCAGACCAUUGCCUUUGGAGGAAUCUUUGUGGAAGAUGAAAAUAGGUUUAUCUUUGUAAACACCUUGGUAGGCCAGCAGGCCAAGGCUCAAUUUAAAAUCAUCAAUGCAGGAAAAAUCCCCUGUGAUGUCUCCCUCUCUGUGAAACCCAUUACUAGUAAGCCUGGCUUUAAGAUUGCUGAAAUAUUUGAGUUGGAGCCAUCAAGGAUGAUUAUCCUCAGCCACUCGCACUCCUUUGCUGUUGUGACAUUCUCACCUCAGAGCAUGCAGUGUUAUCAAUGCAUAUUUGAAGCCUCAAUGGAAGGAAAUUUCAGCAACAUUCCCAGACCAAAAUCCCUAGUCUUUGAUAUCAUAGGUGAAGGAAAUCUACCCCAAAUAACAGUUGUACGUCCAGCCAUGCGGACAAGGAUUGGAAACCCCCUUAUUUUGUUCAGCCGUUUGCUCUUAGGACAUACAGAAAAACACCAACUAGUACUAAAGAAUGACGGGACCAUUCCCGCAGAGAUAAAUAUUGAUCUAGUAGAUGAGAAUCAAGCAUUUAUUGUGAACCCAGGUCCCGACACUCAAUGUGUACACAUCUCUCCUUAUAAUAAAAAAGAAGACAUAUUAGUAUCAGAAAAUAAUACACAUGCUGCCUCCCUCAUUCUAAGUCCUGGACUGUCUGCUGAGUUUGGAAUAUUCUUUACUCCAUCAACUGUUCAGCGUUAUUGUGGAUCUGUGCAUAUUAUGGUUGUUGACAAUCAAUACGAAGAUUGUGUGGUCCAGCUAGUUGGAGAAGGGUAUCAGGAUGAAAUCACUCUGGAUAACAUCUGUAGACCAAAAGGCAGUGUGAAAAUGGAAACCACUGAAGCUCCAGUAGAUCAGGACACAGUAGAAGCUAAUCGUUCUGAUCACAUUUAUUAUGGGGACUGCCAUGUAGGUAAGCCUUACCAGGAGACAUUCACAAUGACCAAUCGCAGUAAUGCAGAUUCAAUGCGUUUUGAAUGGCUGUCAGAUAUACCCCAGCUCAAGUUCUUUCCUCAGAUUGGACAUGUUCAUGCUGGAUGCACAAAGAAUGUGACAAUAACAUUCCAUUCUGAUCAACCAAUAACAUUAAGCGCACAAAUAGUCAAGUGCAAGGUCACAAAAAUAGUAUUUCAGCAGCCAGUGGAUCAAGUUCCUGAUUGGGACACACGGAUGCGAACUGUUAAAUGGCUGGAUGCUGCAAGAGAGUCAGAAAUUCAGCGGACUACCAAGAAAAAGGUGAUUGAGACUGACUCUGAACCAGCACAUACUGCAGUAGAAAAUACGACCCGUGAGCUUGAAUUGCGAGUAAGUGCUGCCUGUGAUUAUGCGCAGUUCACCUGCAAGUCAGAAGCAAUUCACUUUAAGGACACCCUUCUGUUCCAGACUAGAGUCUUUGAGUUAUCUAUAUCUAAUACUGGCUGUGUUCAGCUUGAGUAUUCCUGGCAAACAACAAUGGAAGCCAAUGGAAGGACUAUUAUCUUGAAUGACAGGCACACUGACUCCGCUGAAGGUGCCUCUUUUACUGGAAGCAGAACUGGAAGUCGUUCAGUAAGCCACCCCACAAGCACAUUAGAAAGUGUCUCAACAAUGAUGUCUGCAGAGUCUGAACUGCCACCUUUCAGUAUCGAGCCAAUUGCUGGAGUCAUAGACCCAGAAGAACAGCAGGUCUUUGUAAUUAAGUUCUCCCCAUUGGAACUGGGUGAAUUUGAAGGGGAAAUUAGUUGCAGUAUUCCCAACCUGAAAAAUACCCAAGGGCCUGCCAUGACUGUAAAAGGGCGAAGCCUUCUUCCCAACUGCCAUUUUGAUUUAGAAGAUUCUGACUACAUCCGCAGCAACAGGAGAAAUCCUGACAUGAAAGGCCCUCGUGGGGCUCCCCCCAGAGCUUCACUUGAUGCAAACACCAGGGUUAUUGAGUUCUUUUCAGUUGGAAUAAAAAAAACUGUCUCCAGGACAUUCAAUAUAAUGAACCCCACCAGUGCACCCUACACCUUCCAGUGGAGGUGCGAUGACCAGGAAGAUUUGAAGGUGCAACCUGCUUUCAGAUGUCUUACAGAGAAGGGCACUGUGAAUUCUCAGAAGAAAACAGAGAUCACAUUUGAGUUUCUGCCUCAAAACCUUGAAAUUACUGAGUCAUUCUGGAGCUUUGUAAUUCAUGAACAAAACAUCACAUUACCAUUCCUUCUGGUGGGUAAGGCAAGAGAACCAGUUGUGUCUCUGGAUAGAUCUCACCUGAACUACAAGUCUCUUGCAGUAGGUCUUCAAGCUCAAGAGACUGUUUACUUGGUGAACAAUGAAGAUACAAGCUUUUUUUUCUCAUUUCAAGAAGAUUCUCUACAUUCUGAAGGUUUUGUUUACAGCUUGAUUGUACAUCCAAUGGAGGGAAGUAUACAUCCUCAGAGCAGUCUUCCAGUGAUAAUCUCCUUUAAACCAACUAAUGAAGGCAAAGUAAAUUUUAAUUUGCAAUGCAACAUAAAAAGAAAAACUCAGCCUUUGACACUGCAUGUGAAGGCAGAAGUAUAUUAUAUGAAUGUCAGCGUUCAGUAUGAAAAUUCAGAAGGAAUAUUAACUGAUCUUAGCCUAGAUAUGGAAAACAACAUUUGCUUUGGCCAGGUGGGAUAUAAUGAGGAGUCAGCCUUUCACUUCCUCAUAUCCAACACUGGCACAUAUAACCUUGAUUUCAUUUGGGAGAUCUGUGGCCCUGACGACGUACUGCAAUUCCUAAAGAUAAACCCAUUGAAGGAUAAAGUUCUUCCUGGAGUGCAGAUUCAGUCAACCCUGACCUUCUGUCCCAAGCAGUUCUGCGUUAUAAAAAAUGCUGGAUUAUGUCUUAAGAUUCUGAAUGGCCCUACAUUUAACUGUGUGCUGGAAGGGUCAGCAGUAACACCUGGCAUUCAUUUUUCAUUUACCAAACAUGAUUUUGGGCUGAAUUUUAUCUAUUAUGCUGGAAUGGUUCCAUCAACUCAGAAACUCUGCAUUACCAACAAAGGAGACAAGGAGGCCAGAAUUGAAUGCUUAUUCACAAGUACCUCAUAUUUAGAAGUGGCAUGCCAGACUGAAGUUCUGCAGCCUAGUGGAGUGUUAGAGGUCCCCAUAACAUUUCACCCAAGAGAGCCCAUCAAGUAUCAUGAAAAAGUAAUUUUUCAGAUCAACAAAUUUACUCAACAGAUUGUUGAAAUUCUUGGUCACGGAGCUGAAAUGAAGAUUGAAGUUGAGGACCCAAAUCAUAAAUCUAUAAACCUUGGAGCUCUGCAAGUUGGAGAGACCGUGACAAAGGUCAUUCCUGUGGUCAAUAAGAGUCGUAUCUCACUGAGCUUUUUCCUGUGUCUCACUCAGCAGAUGUUGCUAGAUUCAAAGGUACUGUGGGUCAGUCCAUCUGGGGAUAUUACACUUAAUCCCUCAGGUGGACGUUGUAUGGUUGAGGUGGUGUUCUCACCUACAUGUCGGAUACCCCCGUUUAUAGAAGAGGUGAUGAUGGAUAGUACUGGAAUUCGGCGUUCCCUGUUUGUGGUACGUGGAAGCUGCCAGGGAAUGGAGAUCAUUUUAGACCAGGAUUACAUCCCAUUUGGUGCAGUUGCUCAACGUAGCCAAGCAACCCGACGACUAUUAAUGCAAAAUACUGGGGACAUUGGAGCUAGAUUUAAAUGGGACAAAGACAGCUUUUUGCCUGAUUUUUCAAUUUAUCCUGACCAAGGAUACAUAACUCCUGGUAUGGAAGUACCUUUUGAAGUGACCUUCUCCCCAAAGGAGUUGAAUCAGGAGAUACGUUAUGAAAAUCUAUUCUGUUCAAUUGAAGGGGGCAAGACCUGUAAGCUUACUUUGACAGGAUCUUGUGUCAGUGCGACAAUUAAAGAGGUGAUAAACUUUUCAUGUCAAGUCCGUGGGCGGCAGACUCAAACCGUUGUUUUGCCAAAUAAAACUGUCCAGCCCUGGGUUUUGCAUCCUAUAAUAGAGGGGGAAUACUGGAGUGGUCCUCAGUCCUUUACAAUUGAGGCACAACAGAGCAAGCCCUAUGAGAUCACAUACAGGCCACUCACUAUGACCACAGAAGGGAAAAAACAUCAGGGUUCUGUUUUCUUCCCAUUUCCUGAUGGUACAGGACAGCUGCACAUGCUACAAGGCACUGCUGAUCCUCCAAAACCAGUAAGCACCAUCUCAAGGGAGGUGCCCUGCAAGACAUCCUACUCGGAGAUGCUUUCUGUCAGCAACUGGCUUGCAAAACCACAGAGAUUCCGCGUUUGCAUAGAAAUUAUGAAGCCGGAAAAGAUUGACAUCACUACAGAACUGAAGGGUCUGGACUAUGUUGAUGUCCCCGCCUCCGCUAAGAGAGAUUACAAACUUACUUUCUUUUCCUACAAGGAGGGAGCUGUCCAGGCAAAGGUUAUUUUUCAAAAUGAAACUAAUCAGGAAUACCUGUACUAUAUUUUAAACUUCAAAGCUACACCCCCAAGUGCUAUCAGCAGCAUUGAGAUGGUGACCGUGGUGCGGCAGAGCACUUCAGCCACCGUGAAAGUGGAGAACCCCCUACCCUUUCCUACGACUUUCCUUGUUGAUUGCAAACAAUCAGAUGUCACCUUUCCAGCUCAGCUGAACAUACCAGCGGAGUCAGAGGGUGCCCUGAUGUUCGAAUACCAGCCUCUAAAAGCAGGAGAUUUCAUAGGGCGUCUAACCCUGUUAAACAGUGACCUUGGUGCAUUUCACUAUGACCUAAUUCUGAAAGCAUUGCCUGCCUCACCAGAGAAGCCCCUCUAUUUUCGUGCCAUGCUAGGAAGUAGCCAAUUGCAAGUGGCCAGGUUUAUAAACUAUUGUAAGCCAAAAGUGGAGUUUAUCUGUAAGUCUGACAGCCCGGACUUCAGUGUAGAAAAGUCAUUUUCUGUACAGCCUGGAACACCAGUGGGAACGGAGGUUGGUGUGGAUGUUUGCUUUGAACCUUGCCAUCUAGGUGAGAGUCAAGGGCUCCUAACAAUUCACUCUUCUGUUGGAGGAAAUUAUAUAUUCCCAUUAUUUGGAACUUCCUUAACCCCCAAAGCACAAGGACCCAUCAUUGUGCGAGCUGGAUCCAAUACCUCCAUUCCUUUCAAGAACGUUUUCCUGCAGAAUACCACAUUUUCUUUCCAAGUGGACAACCCGUUCUUCUCGGUGAAGCCCUCUGAAACAAUUCCUUCAAAAAAAACUAAAAAUAUUAGUGUUUUCUUUGGGAGCAACCCUACUGGAUCAAAAGCACCUGUGCCUGGUAAAAUGACUGUGAGCUGUCCCAGAUCAGAAGGAUCUGGUCAAACGAUAACAUGGGUUUACUAUCUAAAAGGCCACACUCCCUAA